UGGUGGCUGGAUAGCAAUUUCAACUAAGGCUUCAGAUAUUGGCUCUGACACUGAGCUACUUAAUUUCUUCUAUUGUUUCCUUUCGGAGGCUUAAAAUGAUGUUUCACCAUCUGUUGCAAAUGCCAUGAGAGCUUUUCUGCCGCUUUCAUAUUAUUGACUCUCCCUCUCUCUGAGCUCUUCUUUAUAGCCUGUAGCUGUACUUUCCCUCAUGUUAUCUUUGGACAAUUCUUAAAGAAGGAAGAAGAGGAAGUAGCAGAGGGCGCCAAAUUGACCGACUAACUGGCAGCUUCUUCCUAAGGACUUUCACUUUUCUUUGGUUUUGUGGGUUUUCCCACCAUGGAAAUUCCAACCUCGCCCCCUCCCUCAGUCCAGAAUUUCUAUAAAGAAGGAGAUGGAGGUCCUGGUGUGCCAAUUUCCCUUUCUGAGUUGGUGCCAGAGCAAGCCUUUUCAAAUUCUUGGUAAUCUUUUGGAGAAACAGCAUUCAUUAGCUGUUAGAAACUGAAGCUGCUUCCUUUGCCAUAGCAAUUUCAAUUUAAAAGCAAGAACAACCAGUGGGGGCAAAUGGCCAGAGUGAUUUCCGCAGUGACAGCGCUUUUAUUCUUCAUGAAUUCUAAAGCAUUUGAUGUUGAGGAGAUCGUACCUGGUGGUGAGGUUGCUGCAGAGAUAGGCAGCAAGCUGGUACUAAACUGCAAUGCAACUGGAUGUGAAUCCCCAGCUUUCUUUUGGAGGACCCAGUUGGACUACCCAUUAGGAGGGAACGUGAGCAAUCAGGGGAGCAGUUCAGUCCUUACUAUAAAGAAUGUUAGCAAAGGACAUGAGCGUGAUUAUCUCUGCAGUGCCUCAUGUGGGAACAAUAAUAAACAAAGGACAGUCAGCAUUCGCAUUUUCUCAUUUCCUAGUGAUCCCAUUAUUGAGACUAGUGGACCACUUGUUCUUGGGAAACCAGCUAGCAUCACCUGUAGAGUUCUGGAAGUAUACCCUUCUGAUGGACUGGAUUUGGAGCUGAAGAAAGGAGAGGAUAUCAUGCUUAGUACAACAGGAUUUGAAGAUUCUGUGACAACUACCUUUAUACCCACUGAGACAGAUAUUGGGAAAGAAAUCACGUGCGUGGCUAGUCUGUCAGUGGAGGCGAUGGAACCCAAGCAAAGGCAAACGGUGCACAAACUUAACGUGAAUUAUGGCCCAUGGAAAACUCGUAUUGCUGCGUCUCCAGGCACCACUGUGUUAGAAGAUGGCACACUGAUUCUUCAUUGCGUGUCUGAAAGUAAUCCUCCACCAAGGAUUGUAUGGAAGAAACAGAUAGCUAAUGAAACUCUGCAAACCAUUGCAAAAAAUCAUACCUUGUCAAUUCCAAAUGUUCAGUUUGGUGAUUCUGGAGUCUACAUCUGUGAAGUCACAAAUGAAGUAACCAACCAAAUGGAAAACAGAACAGUUACUGUAUCUGUACAAGGUGUCCCCAGGUUGCCAGAAUUUUCUGUCCUUCCUUCUGAAACAGUGAUUGAAGGAGAAAGUGUUACACUGCAGUGCUCUGUGGAAAGCAGCCCUGUUGCCCAGUUCAUCAUCAUAAGAAAAUUGCCCAGUCAAGAUGAGAUACUUGAUAGCAAAGAUGGAAUUGUUCAUAUCCCAAGUGUGACUCCUGAUGAUGCUGGAAGUUAUGAGUGUGAAGUAGAAAAUGUAUUUGAGAGAAGGAAAAUGUCAAUAACACUAAGUGUGAAAUCUCCUUCCUCAACUGCUGCAACAUUUACCUAUCAACCAGAAAACAUUACUGAGGUGGAGGAUUUUGAUAGUAAUAGUGCAACUUAUAAUAUUCCCCAAGACAAUAGCAUUUUGGAAAACGAAACUUCACUUGCACCAAAGGACAGGACUUCCACAUUGUAUAUAUUAUCCAACAAUGAUACAAUCACAUAUGCGGUGGAAGUUUUUGCUGCUGUCACAAAUGGUACAGAAGAGAUAGAAAUUAUAAUAGUCAAAACAGAAGAAGCAGAUUAUGUGACUCCCAUGAUCAUCGGGGUUUCUUCUGUAGCAACAGUGGCAGGCCCUGUGGCAGCGAUAUUGGUUUACAUUUCCAGGAAGACAAAGAUUAAUGGAUCCUACAGUCUUGUACGCUCGCUGAGCCCAUAAGUAUAAAGAUCGAAGUGACUAGAGAUUUUCUAGAAGCUGAACAAAUGGACAAUGCAGGUUUUCCUCUGUUCCUUCAGUGGCCUUCACUGAGAGGUGACUUCAAUGUGGACUUCAAUGAGAGGUGAAUUGACUUCUCCUGACUUGCAAAAUCAUGCACUUUAAGAUGAAUGUUGGUUUAUGUAAUGAAGGAAACUGAAUGUGGGGGUGAUCGAUGGGUGAGAAUAUCUGGACAAAUCUUUCCUUUCCAAUGAGCUACCUGCAAAGAACGCAUUCAGCGUUCCUUCUGUAUAGUGUGUAAUUUCUAGAAUUUAUUUAUCGUAAAGGUCACAGAACUGAGAAUAAAUUUCAGAACUUGCAAUAAGCUAUGACUACUGUAUAUAGAAAUUGCCUUGAUCAAGAGUUAGUUGACACAGUUCUGAAAAAAAGCAAGUUGUUUUAAGUUAUUGUGGAGUGUUUUUCUUUUUGCUUAUGGGCAUAAUCCAGCCUAGUUGAACACAAUAAAGUUCUAUUAGUGUCAGUCUUAUGCCCAUUAAGCAUGGAGCACUUCUUGAGAUGUUCCUCACCCCACAGUGCCUUCACAGUGGGUUCUCCUUGCAUUUCCUUGUUUAUAUGCCAGGAGGUUCCCCACUGCCUGUCGCACAACUUGCAUGGCUUGCCUGAUCCCACUUCCAGGUGACUCCCCCAUCCAACACAAGAUUGAAGAUUGCUGGCUUUUUUUUAGAGCUCUUUAAAUGUAAUAUCAAUAUUCCUUAUAUCAAUAUUGUGCGGGUUGCUAUAAUUGGGGGUAGGGGUAGGGGUAGGGAAAUGCUGGCCGUUGAUCCCUGUGAGGAGUAGCCUCCCUCUCACUCCUCACAGGGACUCAUGUCCGGCAUCCCCCCCCCACCCCAAAAAAAACCAGCCUACACAACAUCAAUAUAAGGAAUAUCGAUAUUACAUUCAAAGGACUCAAAAAAGAAGCCAGCAAUCUUCAAUCUUGCAUCCCAGAAGGAGUGAAACCCCCCCAGAGCAAUGAGGAAAUAUCAGGGUUUUCCCACUCUUGCUAACCAUGAGGCUUCCAGGAUCUUUCCCACCACCAGUGGAAUGGCAUAAAUACAGAAAUCUCUGCCCCAGAGGAAACUUACCUCGCUGUUGGACAAAGCACCAGUGAAUAAUUAGCCUGAGAUACUAAGUAUGCGCUUAGCUCUUCUAUUGAGAUAAUGCUUAAUGCUGGCCAUAAGCGUUCAAGACACACUAUCUGUGUGUAUGUAUACAUUCUAUCCUUCAUUUGAAAUACUAUAAUUCCUUCAUUUGAAAUACUUGUGCUUCUGAGAAGCUACACCACUGUGAACUACAGUUCUCUUAGAAUUCUCAUCCCCCUCACCAAACUACAGUUCCCAGGAUUCUUUAGGGGAAGCUACAACAGUUUAAACUGAUAUAAAACUGAGAAGAUUAAAAGAUGGAAUUCUUCUGCAACUGAGAUUUACUUCUAAAUAAAUACAUUCUGCUGCAUGAUAUCCCACACUUACUGAUAUAAUGGAGAUGGUAUAUAAAGGCAGACUAUAUCUUUAGUGUAAAACAAUUGAAUUCACUGUGGCUAAUCACUUUCAGAGUUUACCCUGGUAUAUACACUGUCAAUUACAUUUUACAAAACAAAAUUUGUACAGUCUAAAUGUGAAACUGCCAUUUUGUUACAAUUAGAGUGGAUGUUCUCUUUUUGAAAAAAAAGUAUAACACUAUGUUUUUGGUACUUUUACUACUUGUACAAUAAUAUUUAAAUAAGUUGAAAUAUAAUAUUGUCUUCUGUAAUAGUGCAUACUGGUGUAUUGUUGAUCCCCCCCCCCCCAAUUGCUUGUUUGUUAAUACACAUUUCUCUUGUACAAUGAAAUCACCAAAAUGAGUAA